GAUGGCUGGCUUGAGCUCAGGAGUUUGAAAUCAGCCUGGGCAACAUGGUAAAACCCCAUCUGUACCUAAAAUACAAAAAUCAGCCAGGUGUGGUGGCACAUGCCUGUGGUCCCAGGAGGCUGAGGCAGGAGGAUGGCUUGAACCCAGGAGGUCAAGGCUGCAGUGAGCUAUGAUCGUGCCACUGCACUCCAGCCUGGGUGACAGAGCGAGACCCUGUCUCAAAAAUCAAAUAAACAACCCCCUCGCCCCGGACAAAAGUAGUUUGCACUAUUUUCUCAUUUCACAAUAUGUUUUUGAAAUAUUUCCCUUGAAAGGUGAGUCAUAUUUAUCAUUCCUGUUGUAUGGAGCAUCAUAAAUUAUUUCAUCAUCCUACCCUUCUUGAGUGUUGCGGCCUUGGGGCCAGACAAAAACGCAGGAGAUGCCUAGAAGCCAACUAGUUGCCGUUUGGUUAUCUGUAGGGUUGUGCUCUUGCCAAACAGGAAAAAUACAAAAAGAAUACCGAAUUUUGCCAACCAAAUAAGAAACUCUACACUAAGGACUAAGAAAAUUGCAGGGGAAGAAAAGGUGAGGCCCGGGAUUGAGGUGUAGCGACUUUCUAUACCCUCAGAAAACUAAAAAACAAGACAAAAAAAUGAAAACUACAAAAGCAUCCAUCUUGGGGCGUCCCAAUUUCUGAGUAACAAAUGAGACGCUGUGGCCAAAGUCAGUCAUAACUAAUGACAUUUCUAGACAAAGUGACUUCAGAUUUUCAAGGCGUACCCUGUUUACAUCAUUUUGCCAAUUUCGCGUCCUGCAACCGGCGGGCCACGCCCCGGUGAAAAGAAGGUUCCGUUUUCGCCACAUUUCGGGGUUCUGGACCUUUCCCGGCUGCGGGGCGGGGGGGAGUCUCCGGCGCACGCGGCCCCUUGGUCCCGCCCCCAGCCAUUCCCGGCCACUCGCGACCCGAGGCUGCCGCAGGGGGCGGGCUGAGCGCGUGCGCGGCGAUUGGUUUGGGGCCAGAGUGGGCGAGGCGCGGAGGUCCGGCCUAUAAAAUAGUCGCGGCGGCCUGGUGCUGAUUUGCGGCGUAGUCUCCUGCACCGUUUGUGGUUUCUCUCGCUGUCCUCGGAACCAGGACCCCGGCGUGGCCUAGCGAGUCAUGGCGACGAAGGCCGUGUGCGUGCUGAAGGGCGACAACAGCCCAGUGAAGGGCAUCAUCAAUUUCGAGCAGAAGGAACGUAAUGGACCAGUGAAGGUGUGGGGAAGCAUUGAAGGACUGACUGAAGGCCUGCAUGGAUUCCAUGUUCAUGAGUUUGGAGAUAAUACAGUAGGCUGUACCAGUGCAGGUCCUCACUUUAAUCCUCUAUCCAGAAAACACGGUGGGCCAAAGGAUGAAGAGAGGCAUGUUGGAGACUUGGGCAACGUGACUGCUGACAAAGAUGGUGUGGCCAGUGUGUCUAUUGAAGAUUCUGUGAUCUCACUCUCAGGAGACCACUGCAUUAUUGGCCGCACGUUGGUGGUCCAUGAAAAAGCAGAUGACUUGGGCAAAGGUGGAAAUGAAGAAAGUACAAAGACAGGAAACGCUGGAAGUCGUUUGGCUUGUGGUGUAAUUGGGAUCGCCCAAUAAACAUUCCCUUGGAUGUAGUCUGAGGCCCCUUAACACAUCUGUUAUCCUGCUAGCAGCUGUAGAAAUGUAUCCUGAUAAACAUUAAACACUGUAAUCUUAAAA